GUGUGUGUGUGAGCCUCGCCGUUUUCUCAUCGAUUGCCAAAGAAACUUUCGAACCUUCUACAGCACGUUUGACGGCACUUCUUGGUUCUGUGGCAUUUUUUGUUCGGAAAAUAUGCUUAUAAAACGGUGCUAAAGUAGUGAAUUUUAUGCCGCCCGUGCGCCUUCCCGUGUGAGCUAGUGAGUCCAAGUGUGUGCGGUCCGGUAGCGGUGUGAAAUCCGACGAAAUUGGCCACAGGAAAAAAUCGACAGACGGCCGCAGCGCAGAGAAGCAGAAAAAAGCAGCAAAGAACAAGCCAAGCAAAAGGGGAAGGAAGAAGAAAGCAGUCGCGGAAGCAAAAACCUGCCGGAGAGAGUACCGUUUUGGUCCUGGGUUUUUUAUUGUUUCAGGACAAGGGUUGGACAGCGAACGGGUGCGCGUUGUUGUGGACAGACUCUCGAGUUGAACGGAUGUGAGAGAAAGAGACCAGCGGAAUGGAACAUCCUACGGCGGAAGCGGUCCUGCAGGGCGUCUACACUUUGUACAACAACCCAAACAAGCAGGAGAAAGAAAAGGCCUCGCGAUGGCUGGAGGAAUUUCAAAAGUCGAUUCACUCGUGGGAAAUUGCGGACCAGUUGCUGCAGCAAAAGCACGACCUCAACUCGUGUACAUUCGCGGCCCAGACAAUGCGGAACAAGAUCCAGAACAGUUUCCACGAGUUGCCAGAAUCGGCGCACGAAUCGCUGCGGCAGAGUCUGCUGGAACACAUCAGCCACAUAACGCUCGAGACGAAACCGGUAAUUGUGACCCAGUUGUCGCUGGCCUUGGCCGACCUGGCCCUGUUGAUGUCGUCGUGGCGAAAGCCGGUUGCCACACUGCUGGAACGUUUCUCGAGCAAUCCACACAUGAUGUACGCGGUCAUCGAGCUGCUUACGUUGAUUCCGGAAGAAAUCAACUCUCGCUAUUUGCGGCUCGGAGCGAAUCGACGGAAGGACGUCCUGACGGAGCUGGAAACGGACGCGAGUCUGGUGGGCGAGUAUCUGUUGAUGUGUUUGAUGAAUUGCAACGAUAACGAAGUCCUGCAGACGAAGAUUCUCAAGUGCUUCGCGGCUUGGGUGCAAAUCAACGCGUUCAAUCUGUCCCAGAUCGGAGACAACAUGAUCGUGGCGUACUCGUUCCAGCUGCUGACGAAUGUCAACACGAAAGCGGAGAUUCAUGACGCCGCAACCGAUUGUCUGUGCUCGCUGCUGCAGUGCCUCGAGACGAACAACAACGGCAACGGACUCGACGUUAAGCUCUUCAACGGAAUACUCAGCCUCGAGGAGGCCUACAACAUGUCGGUGGCGCAAGAGGACCUGGACAAGUCCCUCAACCUGUGCCGCCUGUUUACCGUACUAGUUGAGAGCAAUCUCGUGAAAAUGGUCGCCGGAUCGGAAGCGGUGUCGCCGCACUAUUCCAUCAAGGGGCUGGAGCUGGUCCUGAUGUGCGUCGGUCAUUACGACUUUGAGGUGGCGGAAAUUACCUUCAACAUGUGGUACCGGCUGAGCGAGGACCUGUACCAGCGGAACAACGAAACCCUGACGGCGCACUUUAAGCCGUACGUGGAGCGACUGAUUGCCGCCCUGUACAAGCACUGUCAGAUGGAGGCGGACCACGAGGGGCUCAUCCAGGAGGAGGAUUCGUUUAAGGACUUCCGCUUCAAGGUGUCGGAAAUCAUCAAGGAUGUGAUCUUCAUCGUCAGCUCGAUCAGCUGCUUCAAGCAGAUGUUCCUGAUCCUGCAGAGCCCGAACGUGACGUGGGAGUCGAGCGAGGCCGCCCUCUUCAUCAUGGAGAACGUGGCCCGGAACAUUCUGCCAGAGAUAAUGCAAUUGGGAGAGCGCGACAUACCUGCGUCCAGAUUCAACCAGCUAUGCGAGGAGAGCGAAACGGUGCCGAAGGUGGUGGAGGCGAUCCUGAACCUGCCGGACAACUGCCACAUCGCGAUCCGGUACACGUCGAUCAACAUCCUGGGCGAGCUGUGCGACUGGAUCGACUCGAACCCGGAAACGCUGGAACCGAUUUUGAACUUUUUGCUGUGCGCGCUGCAGCAGAAGAACGGGUUGGCGACGGCGGCCGCGAACGCGCUCCAGUCGAUCUGUUCGUCGUGCAAGAAGCACAUGCUCGGCCACAUUAACGGGUUGAUGGAGAUUGCGCGGUGUCUGGACGGGUUCGAAAUUCAGACCGAGUCGGCCAUCGGGCUGCUCAAGGGCAUUUCCAUCAUUAUUGGGCGACUGCCGGGCGAGCAGCUGACGACGGCCAUGCAGGAAUUGUGCAGCUUUCAGGUGCAAGCGUUGAGUCAACUGACCACCGGCGAAGACGACGGACUCGGCGUCAAAAAAGACCGCCACGAUCCGAUCUUCUGGGUGGACCGGUUGGCGUCGAUCUACCGGCACGUCAAUCCGACCAUCCCGGACACCGAGGUGAACCCGUGCGUGUUUGUCAUCGUCAGCAACUGGAACGUGCUGUCGCGAGCGAUGGAAUGCUACAAGAACGACUCCAAAAUCAUGGAACGCAUCGUGCGCUGCAUCCGGUACGCGAUACGUUGCGUCGGGAAGCAAGCGAUGCCCAUCCUGGAACCGCUGGUCAAGCAGAUCAUCAUCAUCUACUCCGGCCAUAAUCACAGCUGUUUGCUGUACCUCGGCAGCAUCCUCGUGGACGAAUUUGCCGGCGAGCCGUCCUGUAUUCAGGGUCUGCUGAACAUGCUGCGAGCGUUCAUCGAACCGACCUUCCAAGUGCUGCAGGUCGAGAACGGUCUCAAGAACCACCCCGACAUGGUGGACGAUUUCUUCCGCCUGGUGGCCCGCUUCAUCCAACGGUCACCGUUCCAGCUGCUGCAGAGUCCCCUCGUCACGCCGAUCAUCCAGUGUGGCCUGCUGGCCUGCACCCUCGACCACCGAGACGCGAACCUGUCCGUGAUGCGCUUCUUCUGCAGUCUGCUCAGCUACGGCCGGCACGACCGAGCCACCGAACUGCGCUCCAUCGUCCACGGCAUCCUGCAGCAGCACGGCGAAUCGCUCAUCAUGAACCUGCUGUACGCGUCCGUCUUCUGUCUGCACUCGUACAUGCUGUCCGACGUGGCCGACGUGUUUGUCGAAAUCAAACAGCUCAACCCCCAGCAGCUGGACGGAUACGUGCGGAAAGCGGUCGACGCCCUGCCCAAGAAAAACAGCGGCGGCUGCAUGACCGUCACCAACGAGCAGAUGAUCGAAUUCGUCGAGAGCAUCGUCAAGUCUGAAACGCCCCGGGCCGUAACGCAAGCGUUGCAGGAGUUUGCCCGGCUGUACCGAUAAAUUUGCAUGCGAGACGUGAAUUAGCCGAAUGUUGCGCGCGCGAGUUUCAAACCGUUCUUUGUACAUAUAUACAUGUUAGCAAGCGCGCGCGCACGCGCUAAUACGCAAGUGUAGUUUGUAUUUUCCUUCCUAAAACAAAAGUGUAGGAAAUAUUAUCUUAGACGAAACAACAGCAACAACAAAAAGCAAGAGUAAAUGAAGAAAAAAACAAGUGUUUGAUUGAGUGUAGAAGCGAAAGCAAAGGUGACGAGUUUAGAGGAAAAUAAAAAAAGAAAUAUUCACACACGAAGCACGGCGGCGAAACGCACGCAGUGGAGCGUGUUUUAGGGAAAAAAGAGAGAGAGCGAGAGAGACGGAAGAUGAGGUAGAAAAAGUCUUAAUUAAUAUUGAUAAUUACGAUUGACUAAGAUUGUAGUGAAUAUAACAUUGAAUAAAAAGUGAAAUUAUGACGAGACGGAAA